UUAGCUAAAAAAUGGCGUCCGCUUCGUCGGGCCCCGACUGGUUCUCGAAUGCAAUUUCAAUAUUAACUUCUAAUCAAAGUUCUCUCAACAAGUCUGAUCUGCAAAUAGUAAUAAAGUCAGUCCUUCAGAGCGAAAAUGUGCUGUUUUCUGGAGACGAAGAGUACAAAGAGUUUUGCGCUGGGUUUGCUGCUCUCAGCGCACACCUCAUCAGCGCCAAUGCAACCUCCUUGUCUAGAGGCCAGAUUGGCACUGCAGCCCAGGCCUGCCGCAUCCUUUUGCGGCACCUCCUGCAGUGUUUGAAGACUCCUAGUGAAAAUUGUCUACCACAAAGCCUGACCAUGAUUCUCAUUGGGGGCCUGUGCAUUUCCAACGCGGGUUCCCUUUCAAAGUCGGACCUCAACACGUUGUCGUCCAUGCUCAAGUCUGCUCAGGUCCCCACCAACUUUGUGCCUAAAGCAGAAGGGGCUGAACGGUCGUGGGACGACUCGCGGGAGGUGCGGCAGCUCCGCCUGAACCCGAGCAGUGCCAUCCUGGAGCAGCUGACCACUCCCUUGCUGGAGACGCCCCUCCCGCCCAAGCAAGACCUGGGCUCGGAGCUGGACAAAGAGCUGGACCUCAGCUCGAGCCACAUCAUUGACCCCGGCAUGGAGGCCAAGAACUUCCUCCUGGCCAAGAACCUCCACAGCCUGCAGAGGGAGAAGGGCGGGGACAUCCUGCUGGACGUGUGCCUCGCCCUGCCGUCAGUGGUCCAGUACACUGACUCCAUGGAGGAGGUGCUCCUCUCCGGCGGGAACAUGAUCCCAGACUGCCUGACCAGCAGCCUUGUACUAACCGGCUCGAAGAACCUGCUGAGCGACGUGCUGCUGGUGUGCAAGGCCCUGGGCCUGCCCGUGCUGGAGCCCCUGGGCCAUGCCCGGCUGUGCAAGCUGACCAGCCUGGCCCUGGGCUGCGCCCACAUGGCUGUGGCGGUCACGGCCGCCGUCUGCAUCAUCGGGGUCACGGGUCAGGGCAAGGGGGGCAGCGGGGCUGGUGCCGGGGCCCUCCUGGCACCCUCCUGUUGGGAGGACGAGGGACACCUGGCGGCUGCUGCGAGGGUCGUCGAGGCCUGCUUGGACAUUUACAACACCAUUGCAAGUACCCUGAGGACAUCAACAAGAGCCGGAGGUCACGUGCUUCAGAACCUGCACCUGCUAACCUCCUGGCUGCUGCUGAGGGGCCUCCAGGUGAUCCUGGGAGUGAACACCUUCCUGGAUCGAGCCUGCAAGGACGGGGCGGGGCCCCGUGGGAGGGGCACCCCCGAUCAGACGCCCACCCGGACGAGGGACCAGUCUGCGGGCAUCAAGCAGAACCUGCUUAGGAUUCAGCAGGGCUUUGGAGUGCUGCCGGUGGCCCUGGCCAACCAGACGCUGUCGCUGCUCACGAGCAUCUUCGUGGAGUUGCGCCUGGAGGCCGGAGCGGCUCCGGACGAGGGGGAGGAGGCGCCCACUCCAGGGGCGGACCAGAUCGUGGCCUUCCUGCGGGGUGUCACAUUGCCCCACUCCGCCUGGAUGAGGGUCACGGUGCUCAUGCAGCUCAACCUCACGGCGCUGCUCUUUGACCUGGUCUCGGUAUCCUACCGCAAGGCAGGGAUGUUGAAGCGCAUCCAGAAGCAUCCUACUGACGGAGACAACUUCAGCACCUCAGAUUCUAACACCUACUACGAGGAAGACUUCAGCACUUCAGACGAGAGCAGUGCUGAUGAAGGGGCAAUCUCGGACGACGACAGCGAGCCCAUCCUGGGCCACUGGUUCGAGGAGACCCUGGCCCCCCGGGAGCACAGCCCGACCCCCGGGGGCCCGCAGGCCAAGGGCCCCGACCAGGAGGCCGCCGAGGGGAAGGGCCCCUUCUACAGCCUGCUCCUUGAGGGCAGGGCGCUCAUCCCCGACAAAGAGGAGCCCCACGGGUACAUCACACUUGCUACGAAGGUGCUUAGCUUCGUGAACACCUACCUCGUCAACUUCGAACCUGUUCAGGGAUAUCUGAAGUCAAGCAUUGCCACCCCUCAGAUGGUCAUCCUGGCCGGGAUUAUCAAGGACCUGGAUCGUGAGACGUGCAAAAGUACCAUCAGCAUCCUGUUUGGGGCCACAUUGGGGCAGCUCUAUGAAGAUUUCUCGAGGGCACUGGCACGUUUUGUCCACAACAUCCUGGCAACGGGUCUGCUGGACGACGUCUACCAGGAUGGGCUCUUGACGCACCUAAACAUCAACCCGUGGGUCCAGAAGGAAUGGCCCCUGCAGAUCUACUGGCGUACCCUGUCCAUACUCGCUCAGGUGCUGCUGUUGAGGCAACAAAAAGACAAAGACGACCUGCGAAGCGAGAAUGACAGCGCGUGCGUCCUCAUCUUCCGCCUCGUCCUCAACACGAUGCAGAAGGCCAUUCUUUCGUCCCACAAUGACGACAGCGAAGACAUGAAUGUGGAGCACGCACAGCUGCUGCUCUUCCUCUUCCACAACCUGCAGCUGAUGCAGAAGAAGGUGGUGCUGUUGAGCGUUGCACGGACAAUCAUCAACGUUGCUCCGGUGGCCCAGAGUCCACUCAAGGACAUCCAGAUCAUCUACGUCGCGAGGCUACUGCACAUCUUUGAGUACCUGAUAAAAAACCUGUACGACGCUCCUGCCUCGUUGGUGGACCAGGUUCAAGCCAAUCUGUUCACCAUUCACGGAGCCUCCGCAGUCAACCCCGAUUCCGAGAAUACCAAACAGCAUGGGAAGCUCUUCUUCCCUUGCAAAGAGGUUGAGGACAACUUCUUGAAGAACGUCCUUGCCGACAUGAUGCAAGGUGUCCACAUCAGGCCCAAGUUCUACCAUCUGAUGAUUGUGGAGUCUGGCACACAGGAUGUCCCAAAGUUGGACGGAUUUGCGUGCAGCUUCCUGCUGGCCUCGCAGGACGCCCUCAACUAUUCCGACCUGUACGGGGCCAUCCUGUCGCUGCUCUGGGUGGGAGCCCAGUGCGACGGAGUGGAGCGUCCCGAGGGCGCCAAGCUUUCGUACCUGGGCACGGCGGCGGUGCAGUACUGCUUCGGGGUGGUGUGGCGGCUUCUGCUGAGCCUGCCGCCCUCGGUCCAGCUGUCUGGGGCCCUGUCGACGGGCAACGCCGCGCUCGACCUGCCCCAGGUGCUCCACGCCAUUGUGUGGGCGUCCCGCUUCGGCCACAAGAACUUCCUCGGCUGGAUCCAGGAGUCUCUGGUGAGGCAGGGCCUGAUCGUUCAGAAGGCAGAGUCGACCCUGCACCUGGUUACUGCCAACGCCUGUCAGCUCCUCUUCGACAUCAGGGUCUUCAAGCAGCUGGCCAGUAAGCAGCUGGCCCAGGGCCCAUCCGACCUGAACAGACCUGUGCGUCAGAACGAGCUUCCUCGCCUGAUGGACCUCUUUGUGAUGGAGGCCCUCAUCGCCAAGGUGCAGGUCUCCCUGGACGAGUUCCUAUUCAAGCCCUCUAACGAUAACCCUGGACGUGAGGUGAAAGAGCUGUCCAGGGAGCUGUUUCCGACGCUCGUCCAGCUCAUCAAGCUCUACAGCACUUGCAUCAGGUGGAGCCUGCUGCUCCAGGCGGUGGAGCUCUCUCCGACGGGACGCUCAGAGGUGAGCCUGCGUGCCACGGACGUGGUUCUGCGCAUGUGUUCCCGCCACUGCGCCCCCGUCAUGGACACCGCCUCCACCAUCGUGGCCUACCUGCCCCCGCACCUGGACUCCAUGCUCGACUCCUGGGCGACCGUGCUGGUCAACGUCUGCAACUGGAGGAAUGACUUCGCAAACGACAGCCUGCCGUCCGAAAGCUUCAUUGCCGCUGUUCAGGCUGCCCACUUCGCACCCUUGUCAGCUCAUCCGACAUUCUCUGUCAAUCCGAGCCUGAAGCGGGUCCUGCAAUGCGUCGUUCGCUUCACCCGCGACGUCUACCUCUGGUCACAAGAAGAGAAGUUUUCGAAGGAUCUGGUCCAGGCCUUGCUUCCUCUCUUGCUAGACGUCACAAUGGAGUCGCAAGCCGACUUUGUGACGCUAGCACUCGAAGUGAGCAUUGGAUCUCCAGACUCUGAAAGCUUUGCCCAACACAUCUACGAGGAGAUGCUGGCACGUUGUUACGAGCUGCUCAUCGACUAUUCCAACAAGGACAGCGAGCUGAACGAAUUUGUCUUCCACGAGUGUCUGAAGUUCAUGGAAGGUCUGCUGGACAAACAGCCGGGAAAGAAGGCACUCGAGAAGUUCUUUGCCGACAAAGACAUGUGGAACAUCUUGCUCUCGGCAGCUGAUGGCAAUCUUAGCCCAGCAUAUGGAACAAGGGUUCUCAAAUUCUUCAGCAAGCUCUUCCUCCAAAUUGAAAAGAACUCUGGUGAUGCCAGUCUAGAGAAGCUGAACGUGACGCUGAGCAAGAUGGGUCGGCUGAACGAACUGGACACCAAGGCCCUCCAGAACUGGCUGAUGAAAGUGGCCACGGGUGGCAAGAGCAGCUCUCUCAACGGCAACGGUGGUAGCAUUCAAGAGAACAGGCUGUUGCUCCAGAACCUGACAACAUACAUUGUGAAGGAAAACAAUGAGGUAUCCAGCCAGGUUGCAGGAUCAUUCCUGACAGCACUGAUCGAGAUCGGGUCCCAGCUUCUGUCUCCCGGGUCCGAGGGUCUUGGGUUUUCCGACCUCAUGGUGGUCAUGGUGACCCUGGCGGGUGCCGGGUCGGGUGCAGGACACCUCCAGCUGUUCACCGCGGCCACUGAGUGGUUGGACACCUGCAAAAAGUACCUGGCACAAAAGGACAUACUGGACAAACUAGAGGAAAAUGCCUCCGAAGGAAAGCACCAGUUCGUGAUGGGACCUGCCUGUUGCCUCCUGUCCUACAUCGCUGAUCUGGUUGGCUCGCUUAAACUUCUCGCAGAACGGCCUCCUGUGCUCGGCCGCGGCGGAGCAGCCAGUCCGCCUUGCGACGGCGAUGUCCAACACCCAGAGGCGGAUUCCGACUGGGCCGACGAGAUGGGACCAGACGACGACGAAUCGGGAGGCGAAGAUUCCGACGAAGACUCGCUGUGCAACAAGCUGUGCACCUUCACAAUGACUCAGAAGGAGUUCAUGAACCAACAUUGGUACCACUGCCACACAUGCCGGAUGGUGGACGGGGUAGGGGUGUGCACGGUCUGUGCCAAGGUGUGCCACAAGGACCACGAUGUGACCUAUGCCAAGUUUGGUUCUUUCUUCUGCGACUGUGGGGCCAAGGAGGACGGGAGCUGCCAGGCACUGGUGAAGAGGAACCCACAGACAUCCUCGGAAGGCGUAACGGGGGCCUCUGCCGCUGCGGCCUUCUCCCUGCCAUCUGAGAAUGGGAUUCCCAGUUCCCUCCGCAAGAGGGCCUCUUCCCCUGCCCCGGGAACCGGAGCGAUCGGAGGUGGCGCUGGCAUUACUGCAAUGGGCGCUGAGGCGCGCUCGUCCUCGGCGCCAAUGGACGCCAAGAAGGCUUCCGAGGAGAGCCUCAAGCACAGGCAGCAGCUGGCCGAGAAGCUGGAGGCCUUCCGUGGUGCCUUGAUAGACCACAUUGUGUCGACCAACCUUGUGGGCACGGUGUUGGAGCUGGUGCAGCUGCUAAUGCCGGCCAUCGUGGAGACGUACCACCGCAACUCCCCGAUUGGGAGCUCGGCACGAGCGCAGAAGGCGCUUUCGGAGCUCCAUUCCCUGGAGAAGGUCUUCGAGCAUGUCGACCAACUUAUGGUCCCCACCCUUGGUUCCCAAGAAGGCGCCUUUGAGAAUGUGCGCAUGAACUAUUCCGGGGAGCAAGGACAGACCAUCCGGCAGCUGCUCAGCGCUCACAUGAUCCGGCGGGUGGCCAUGUGCUGCCUGGCGUCGCCUCAGGGCAAGCGCCAGCACCUGGCCGUCAGCCACGAGAAGGGAAAGAUCACCCUGUUGCAACUCUCGGCACUCCUCAAGCAAGCAGACUCGAGCAAGCGCAAGCUGACCAUCACGAGGCUGGCAUCUGCCCCUGUACCAUUCACAGUGCUGUCCAUCACCGGGAAUUCCUGCAAUGAAGACUACCUUGCUGUUUGUGGACUGAAGGACUGUCAUGUUCUCACGUUCAGCAGCAGUGGCUCUGUCUCAGAACACCUGGUGUUACACCCUCAGCUAGAGACUGGCAACUACAUCAUCAAGGCGAUCUGGCUUCCAGGCUCGCAGACUGAGCUGGCAGUUGUGACGGCAGACUUUGUCAAGGUGUACGACCUGUCGGUGGACGUGCUGAGCGCCCAGUUCUAUUUCCUGCUGCCCACGGGAAGGGUGCGGGACUGCUGCUUUGUCUUCUCGGAGGACGGGCAACGCCAUCUGCUGCUCAUGUCCUCGGCGGGACAUGUGUACUACCAGCCAAUGCUGGACGAAAGCUCGGCACGGCAUGGCCCAUUCUAUGUGACCAACAUCUUAGACGUCAAGCAUCCGGACAUCAAGGAUUCCGUGGGAACGGUGGCGGGCGGUGGAGUCUCCAUCUACUACUCCCACGUACUGCAGCUCCUCUUCCUCAGCUACGCCAACGGCAAAAGCUUCAUGGCCUCCUUACCCCAGAUGACGUCCGAGCUGGCAGAGCCCGUGCUCAUCCUGCUGAAGCCUUCCUCCGCCUCCACUUCCUCGACGACGACAAACAACAACUGUGGCGCACUGGCCGCCGCCACCGCCAACUCCGGCAGCAACGCCACGACGGCGUCCUCGACGGGAACCGCGACUGCGACGUCUGGCAACAGCGGCGGCAGUGGCAGUUCCAGCAAGCCCACACCGCAGCCCCUGUGCCAGUGGUCCGAGGUGCCGAAUCACCCCGGUCUCAUCUUGGCAUUGAUGCAGUUCUCUAACAAUCCUCUGGUGCUCAUGGUCAAGCCUGGAACUGUCCUUGUUCAGGAGAUCAAGAUUCUGACGGCCAAAUCCAAGAUCACAGACCUGGUGGCCAUCCGCCACCCGACCUCGGGCGGAGAGAUGCGCACGACACUGAUCCUGCUGUGUGAGGACGGCAGCCUGCGCAUCUACAUGGCCUCGCAGGACCAGACCGGCUACUGGCUGACGCCCGCCUUCCAGCCGGCGUCUUCCGCAGCCGGGGUCCAUCCCCCGGGAGCCGCACUCGGUGUCCCCGGCAGCGGAGGCACGGCAGCCGUGCCCAGGCCAUCGCGCAGGCGCAAGUCUCUCCGUGGAAGCAGGGGGGGCGCGUCGGCCGUGGCCGUCUCGUUUCCGGUCGACUUCUUCGAGCACUGCAACCCCGUGCAGGACGUGGAGUUUGGCGGCAACGACCUCCUUCAGAUCUACAAUGCGCAGCAGGUGAAGCACCGGCUGAACACGACGGGCAUGUACGUGGCCUGCACCAAGCCCGCCGGCCUUACCCUGGAGGUGACCAACAACGACCCCACCCUGGUGAUGGUCGGGGUGAGGGUACUGGUGGGCUCCCAGGAUGUGCAGAGGGCCCCCUCGAGCAUGGAGAUCUUUGGGCGCGUGCACCCGGUGGCCCUGACCAGGAGCCGCUGGUUCGACUUCCCCUUUACUCGCGAGGAGUCGCUCAACGCCGACAAGAAGUUCAACAUCUUCUUUGGACCAAGCGCGGACCCGUCGUGCGUCACCAUGGUGGACUCUGUCAAGGUGUAUGGCAGGUCCAAGGAGUCGUUUGGCUGGCCCGAAGAAAGCGACGAGUUUGCAACGGGCGUCGGGGUAGCCGCACAGUCCACCGCGGCUCCUACGACGGGUUUGGACUCCGAGGGCAUUCCUGUCAUGCCCCUGCCCCUCACGGCUCUGGACAGACUAACGAGCAGCUGCCUCGAGAUGCUGGAUGGAUGCUUCUCGGUGCAUGCGCUGUCAGAGGAGCGUUCCGGUGCCACCCAGGGCAGUGCGCUGGAAGUUGCCACCCGCCUGCUGACCCUCCCCACCCCUCCAGCUGUGCAUCAGCAGGUCAAAGCACUGCUCGCAGCCUUGCACCCCAGCCGCACAGCCUACAGCAACCAUAGGGACCAGGCUCUGCUGAGCUAUGUGCUGGAGUGCCUGAGCAGCAGUGGCGCGGAGAAGCCUCCCUUCCAGGACCUGGACGGCGAGGCCUUCUACCGGCUGGUGGCCAUUGCCAGGGGCGUGGCGUGCACCCGCCCUGCCAACCUCGUCCAGUUUGCAGAGUCCCAGGAGAGCCUGGCGGCCGAGGCAGCUGACACCGCGAACAAAGAAGAGGUGCUGGAAGAGAGGGGCCUUCCCCUGAAAGUGCACAUCGCCACCAACACGGGCUCGCCGGAGAGCGGCCACUUCAUGAACUGCCUCUCCGAAGCCUUCUGGCACCUGCACACCCAGCGGCCCAAGAACCCUUCCCUGGCGCCAGUCUCCAAGCAUGGGCUGGUCCACGUCGAGGCAACCGUCCAGGCGCUGGUGGAAGUGAUGUACGCCUUUGUAGCUCUUGACGUGGAGAAUGUCAGCCUGGUGGCCAAGCACUUUGCCCGUCUCCUGCUCUGCGAGGAUACAGUAGUGAGCUUUGCCGCCAAGCAGGCCAUCAUCCGAGUGCUGCGCCCAAAGUCCAGGAAGCGCAAGGUCUUCAUCCCGUCGCCACCACACUGCAGCACUCCAGGAGAAGUGCUCCAGGAGAGCAACCAGGAGAGCAAAUCGGCUGCUUCGAGCUCCUCAAACCAGCCGCCUUCCCAGUCACAGCCCGCAGUGCCCUCUGCCUCUGCAGCGGGCAGCCUCUCUUCGACGGCUUCUUCGAGCAUGGCAGCAGCGGCGCACCAACGGUUCGGAUCUGUAGACUCGCAGCAGCAGCAGCAGGAAGUGGAGUCGCACUUUGAGAUGCUGGAGAACAUGGACCCCGUGGUGCUACCUGGAGCCGAGGGGGCCUUUCCUCCUCUGCUGGACAUCCCUCCCGACGCAGACGACGAGACGAUGGUGGAGCUGGCCAUUGCGCUCAGCCUGCAG